UUGAAUAAGGAGAAGAUGGCUGCUUCCUCAAGGAAGGUGUUUGAGGUGUUCGUUUCUAAAAUACCAUGGACCAUAGCAAGCAGGGAAGUGAAGGAGUACUUCUCGCAGUUUGGCCAAGUCAAGAAAUGCCUGCUUCCUUUUGACAAAGAGACCGGUUUCCAUCGGGGAUUUUGCUGGGUUGGCUAUGCCACCGAGGAAGGUGUUCAGAAUGCGCUCCAGAAAGAGGCACAUCUUCUAGAGGGUUCGCGGCUUCAAGUGCAAAAAAACAGAAAACCAGGUGGGACCCAAAGACAGAACAGGGAUAGUGAUGGCAGCUGAACCCUGUUGGAAUAGAUAUGUUUGUGUUGUAAAACUGUGACAUGGAAUAAAUUAUACACUGUCAAAACA